AGAAGCCUCCAGGGCUCCUAAGUCAGGGGGUGGGUCCCUGGCUGCAGGAGGGCGGGAACCGACACUCAGUGCCACCCCGGAGGCUGCACCGUGCCCAGCAUCAGGGUCCAGCUCCUGGAUCGCAGGUCGAGGAGCGGCCAGGGGCGGCUAUGUCAAGCAGGCCAUGUGGCAUGGCGCCCCCCACGUUCCGCUCCAGGGAGGCCCCACAGCCCGGCAGCGCCUCAGCGGCAGUUGCCACCUGCACGCGGUGCCGGGAGAACCCGGCCGGGGCGCGUGCCUCCUUAGCCUGCUGAGGCGCAUGCGCUGCUGGCUAACGGCUCUGCUCAGCGCAUUUCUACUGAGAGAGGCCUGAGUGUGCAGGAGCUUGGCGAACACAACUUUUUACGGGUAUCGAGGCGGUGCGUGGACUGAAGAAGGGCGAGGGCGAUCGGGGAGGGGUGGGGGAGUGGCUAGGAAGGGCGAGCUGGAAGCGAGGGCCAACGGUGGGGGCUGGGGAAGGGCGAUCGGUAGGCGCGGGCUCUCUCUAGCAGGUGGCCGCAGCCAUGAAGGGGCUCCCUCCCGCCGCUGGCAAGGGCGUGCCGGGCCCGGUGCGCCAGUGCCCCUUCAGCCAGCUAGUCUAUACCAACAACGACUCCUACAUCGUCCGCUCCGGGGAUCUUAAAAAGAUCCAUAAAGCUGCCUCCCUGGGUCAAGUCGGGAAGCUGGAGAAGAUGACAAAGAGGAAGAAGACCAUCAACCUUAAUAUAAAAGACGCCAAGAAGAGGACUGCUCUACACUGGGCCUGUGUCAAUGGCCAUGAGGAAGUAGUAACAUUUCUGGUAGACAGAAAGUGCGGGCUUGACGUCCUUGAUGGCGAAGACAGGACACCUCUGAUGAAGUAUGACAGCCCAGCAUUCAUCCUCUCUGGAGAAGGCAGCAACAAGGCAUCAUCUUGGAAGGAGAUAGAGCUGCCUUCAACAGACACAGAACCUGCCAGCACCUUGAUCUUGGACUUCCCAACCUCCAGAGUUAUGAGAAAAUACAUUUCUACUCGUUAUAAAUGAUCCAUUUUGUGGUAUUUAGUUGUAUCAGCACAAAUAGACUAAGACAUGAAAUGUCCUAGUUUUGAAGCCAAUACAAGUAAAGAUAUACUAGCAAUGUACCAAACAUUAUGCAAACUGCUUUUUCCAUUAUCUCACUUAAUUUCUACUACAACUUUUUGAGACGGACACUGUUGUCCCCAUUUCACAGAUGAGAAAUCCAAAACCUGCUUGAUAAAUUUUUAAGUCGUCCAAAGUCACAUGGUCGGUAGGUGCAGAGCUAGAAUGCAAACUCAAGGCUACCUGACUCCAAGCCAGUGUUCAUCCCCUUGUGCUGCAGGACCUAACAGAGAAUGACACUGAGGCACAGGAAGUUAUGUCCAAGCUCCUAUUGUUAGGACUGGACACCCUGGACUCCAGUGCAGAACUCUUUGCAGCUCUUUACUAUCCAACUUGACAAUUUGUGCCUUAUGGGGGCUAGACACCAAAUCAUGUGUCUAGUCAAUUUCACAGAUUUAAAAUGUUUAUGUGGAGGGAAAAACACCGUUUUUUUGUUUGUUUGUUUUUGUUUUUUUUGAAACGGAGUCUCACUCUGUUGCCCAGGCUGGAGUGCAGUGCCUGGGGCUACAGGCGCAUGCCACCACACCUGGCUAAUUUUUUUUUUUUUUGGAGAUGGAGUUUUACUCUUGUUGCCCAGGCUGGAGUGCAAUGGCUCGAUCUCAGCUCACCACAACCUCCACCUCCCGGGUUCAAGCGAUUCUCCUGCCUCAGCCUCCCGAGUAGCUGAGACUACAGGCACGUGCCGCCACACCUGACUAAUUUUGUAUUUUUAGUAGAGAUGGGGUUUCUCCAUGUCGGUCAGGUUGGUCGCGAACUCCUGACCUCAGGUGAUCCGCCCGCCUCUGCCUCCCAAAGUGCUGGGAUUACAAGCGUGAGCCACCACCGCGCCCGGCCAAAAACACCAUGUUUUUUAAAAUUCCAACUCUACUUGAAAUGAGUGAAAUGGAUCACAUACUAUCCUGAUGAUUGGUUAUAUAAACAUUGGGGAUAAUGAACAAAGAAGAAUAUUCAAAUAUUAAAUGACAAAAGUAAAAACGUAAUUCUAAAUGUCAUAACAAAUUCAUUCUUCUUCUAAUCUAAAAAUCAUUUCACUAAUGAUGAAAAUACCUUUCAUCACCUGAGUUUAUCUUGUUCAGGUGACAGAGAUUUUAUAUUCAAAAUAUUGUCAUAGUUAAAUACUUUUCAUUUCUUCUGUGACUGUCUUUUGUUAAAACCCAGGCUAUACAACCCAGGGCAUAAAAGUCUUACCAUCUUUUCAGAUAGAAUUUCUCUUCCUUAUGUUAAUUUCCAAAAAAAAUCAAUAAAAUCUGUAGGUCCUGUAAGACCCAUUUUUUGCAAACUGUAUUCAAUUCAGGAAAAUGAUUAUCUCUGUUUUUAAAAAUAAAUAUGUUGUAAAUGAAAUGUAAUGCCAACACUAUGUAAACAAUAACUCUUCUGCAAUUACAAAUUUAUUUCCUUCAUGACUGCUGAUGCCUCAAACCUAGAGGAACACCAUGGAAGACAAAGAAAACUAAACAAAAACAAUUUGUUUCCUUCAAUCUUUCCUGCUCGAUUAUUACUUCCUGCAUUUUCUGACAUCUGCUUCCUGUUGCCUAUUUCUAUGUUUUGCCCUUAUAAAUGACCAAGGGAAACACUAUGAAUGGAAAAAGAUUUGCAGCAAUUGUUGGCAAAUCUCCAGUUCUGCCUCAUUCAAACAUGGAAUUAAAAUUAGAAAGGCAAUAUUAUCCUUUCACCUUUGGUUUAUGGUAAGUUGUCAGAAAUGGAACAUUGAAAUAUGCUUUCAAGGUAAGUCCACCUAAAUAUUUAACUUAUGUUUUUUUCUUUUGUCUUUACAAGCAGGGGCACUUGGGUUUAUCUGAUUGCUCCCAUUUGCAUUUGCUUACACACUCAUGUCCUUUUUCAUUUAUUCAAUAAAAGUCCUUCUUUUCCUUU